AUUUCUACACUCACUUAGUGUCAGUGAACGACACUUGGUGUGGAGUUCAGCCGCUUGUUGCAUGCCAUGACUGCGUUUUACCGAAUACUUCUCCUGUUAACUGUGGUUGUUGCCUCUGCGGCGACACACAGGUCCCAACGGACAAAAAGAGGCUUACUGGAGUUGGCAGGAGCCAUCAAAUGCAGCACAGGAAGAUCUGCCUUGUCUUACAUGAUGUACGGAUGCUACUGUGGACUAGGUGGGCAAGGAUGGCCAAGAGACAAGGCAGACUGGUGUUGCCACAGACAUGAUUGCUGUUAUGGAGAUGCAGAACGUCUGGGCUGCCAAACCAAGACAGACCAGUAUCAGUGGACGUGUGAGGACAAGAAAGCUGAGUGUGAUGAUUUGACGGACCAAUGCCAAAAGCUGCUGUGCAAGUGCGACAGAGAUGCUGCGAAAUGUUUGAGAAAAGCACCUUUUAUCAGUAAAUAUGCCCUAUGGCCAGAUUUCCUCUGUGGUCAUGAACACCCAACGUGUAAUAUUUACUGACAUAAUGCACGUCCUGGUGGGCCUUUUGUAAAUAUAGCAUGUUACAUGGCAUUGGUCUACAAUACUCAAAGACACACAGAU